AAAGACAAAUGGCGAAUGUAAACACUGGAAGUCGUUCACGAAUAAUGGAUACAAACAAACAAAAUACUCCUAAUUUUAUUGAAAACUGCUUGAAGUGUCAUGCAACAUCAAGCGCAGAAAAGUUAAAUGAAUGUUUUAAAUCAUUUGAUAUGAAUAAAGAUGGGAAACUUGACUUAAAAGAGUUUGAUCAUUUUCUUGGCUGUUUAUUCAGUAAAAAUGGGAAACCAUAUCCUAUCACAGAGAAACAGCGGAAAAUUAUACACAACUUACUUGAUGAAAAUAAGGAUGGAAAAAUUGACUAUGAAGAAUUUAGAAUAAUAUGGUAUCACUGGCUAAAGCAGAUCCUGGAUCCAGUGACAGCUCUUCUGGUUGUGGAUGUACAAAAUGACUUUAUAACGGGUAGCCUAGCUAUAAAAGACUGUCCUGCUGGCCAGGAUGGGGAAGCCAUCAUUCCAGUAAUAAAUAAAAUGCUUGACACAGUGAAGUUUGAUUGUGUUGUAUAUUCCUACGAUUGGCAUCCACCCAAUCAUAUCUCAUUUGUGGAUAAUGUCAAAUCUUGGAAAGUUCACAAUUCUAGUAAGGUCCCUGCAGAUAUUGCCAAACUCUAUGACACAGUGACGUUUGAUGGUGAUCCUAUUAAGGUUCAGAAACUCUGGCCAGCCCAUUGCAUACAAAACUCCUGGGGAUCACAACUACAUCCUGACCUAAAAGUGGUUGAAAAUGCUUGCCAUGUUAACAAAGGGAAGAACCCUGAGAUUGACAGCUACUCAGCUUUUUGGGACAACAACAAACUUUCACAGACAGAACUUGUGUCAGAACUCACGAAACGUGGCGUCACUGACGUCUAUGUGUGUGGUGUCGCCUAUGAUGUUUGCGUUGGGGCACAGGGUGUAUCCUUGGGCAUUGUUGUUGGGACAGAUGAGCCCAUGCUGUUAAUUUCCCAACCAUAA